AUGAAUUUCAAAUCUAAGCUUCCUUUGUUUUUGGUGUUCUUUUCAAUUUUCGUAGCUUCCACUUUAGCCAUUCGCUUUCCCAACCAGCAUGACCCACAGCGUGAGCUGAGGCAAUGCAUGCAACGUUGCCAACAGCGACCAGGUGGUCAGUACGAACAGAAGGAGUGUGUCCAAGAGUGUCGAGAGGAAUACGGUGGGAGAGGAAGAUGGGUCGACGAAGGUAAUUAUGAUGAGUUGAUCGAUGUAAUGAUCAACCCAUACCAUGACCCUGAACGCCAGUACGAGGAGUGCAGACGCCGCUGCCAAAGGCAAGGCAGUCGUGGUCAAGGCCGAGAGUACCAGUGCCAGAAAGAGUGCCAGGAGGAGUACCAGGAGGAGAGACAGAGGGGUAGAGGUGGCCGCUACCGAGAGUGGGAUGAUGAAGUUGAAGAGGACAACCAGCGUCGUUAUGACCCAUACAGUCAGUGCCAACAGCGCUGCCAAAGGAGAGGAAGUGGUCAACGUUAUGAGUGCCAGAGGAGGUGCCAAGAGGAGAUAGAAGGAGGUGGUCGCUAUGUCGAGGAGGAAUCCGACAACCCCGACCGUCGCGACCCACAAGAUAGGUACCGUCAAUGCCAGCAGAGGUGCCAAAGGCAAGGAGAAGGGUAUGAAUGCCAGCAAAGGUGCCAGCAAGAGUACCAAAGGCAGAGAGGAAGAGGUGGGCGCUUCGAUGAUGAAGUAGAGGAAUCUGAGAACCCCCAGCGUGACCCACAAGAUAGGUACCGUCAAUGCCAGCAAAGGUGUCAAAGGCAAGGAGAAGGGUAUGAAUGCCAGCAGAGAUGCCAGCAAGAGUACCAAAGACAGAGGGGACGAGGUGGCCACUUUGAUGAUGAAGUGGAGGAAUCUGAGAACCCUCAGCGUGACCCACAAGAUAGGUACCGUCAAUGCCAGCAGAGGUGUCAAAGGCAAGGAGAAGGGUAUGAAUGCCAGCAGAGGUGCCAACGAGAGUACCAAAGGCAGAGGGGACGAGGUGGCCGUUUUGAUGAUGAAGUAGAGGAAUCUGAGAACCCCCAGCGUGACCCACAAGAUAGGUAUCGUCAAUGCCAGCAGAGGUGUCAAAGGCAAGGAGAAGGGUAUGAAUGCCAGCAGAGGUGUCAGCGAGAGUACCAAAGGCAGAGGGGACGAGGUGGGCGCUUCGAUGAUGAAGUAGAGGAAUCUAAGAACCCCCAGCGUGACCCACAACGCCGCUACCAGGAGUGCCAGCAGAGGUGCCAAAGCCAAGGAAAAGGAUAUGAAUGCCUGCAGAGGUGCCAGCAAGAGUACCAAAGGCAGAGAGGACGAGGUGGGCGCUACGAUGACGAAGUGAACCAGCGUCGUGGCCCACAACAACGCUUAAGGGAAUGUCAGCAGAGGUGCCAGAGGCAAGGACAAAGAAUGGAAUGCCAGCGGAGAUGCCAGGAUCAAUACCAAAGAGAGAGAGGAAUGUCUGAACGCCCCACUCUACUGGAGUCCUUCUUAGAGCUCACCAAAUUGUUCUAA